CGCGUGCCAAGCAGGGGUAGUGGCGCAGUGGCCAUGGCCAAAAGCAUUUCGUCCGCUCUCUAGGCCGGCUCGCUCGCUCUCUCGGGCGCCAACGCUCUCUAUCUGCUCUGCUCUCACCCCCGGUGCACCCUCCACGCAGGCAGGGCUGUUUUUUUAUCUCGCGAGACGCCAGCAGCCAGCAGCACCCAUGAUCGGCUCCUUUUGGAACCUGUGCCGCGCGUGCCCUUCCAUGCCCGUGGACAAGCUGCACUCCGAGUACAGAAGCACGUACCGAUGGCACGAGUACACAGGACCGCGGCAGGAAGUGGUGCGCAGACCACCGCAGUCGGCCUCAGGAGGCAACCAGAAUGCGCAGGCCGGGUCGGAAGAAGAAGCUGCUCCGGUCAGCAACACCAACGGCGCCUCGAUUUCCCCGUGGGAGCCGCACCUAUCCCGCAAAAAGAAACACCCUGAGCUGGCCUACAGGACUCAUGAGUUCAUCAUGUCCGAGGGCUCAGACGACUCACUCGACUCAACCGUGGGUUUUGACCGCGCCAGGUCUGAGGAGCGGACGGGCCGGCGGAUGCGGCCGUCGCGGAGGAGCAAGUCGGAGGGCCCGCCGACGCGCUACGGCGGUGGCUCCGACUCGGUCGACGCCUUCCAGUCCGAGUACCGGCUGCAGUACAGCAAGAUAAUGGCCGCCAGGCAGCAGCAGCAGCAGCAGCAGCAACAACAGCCGCAGCAGGAGAACGCCGACACGAUGACUUCGAGUUUCCCGCCGCCCUUUAGACCCGCCUCUUCUCGAAUCAGCACCGAAUACCGGUUGCAGUUCGCCUGGCCCAAGCCCCCGCCGCCCAAGGAGGCCCCCCAGCCGCCGAGAAAGUCGCUCUCGAUGGGCGCCCUCAGGGCCCACGCGCCCGUCCCCGUCCACCACGCCGCCGCACCCCAAAAGGCCAGGCGUUUCGACGAGCACCGAGCGGCCGCUUCCGAGCUUGAGCCCCUGGUCGACGCACAGCACGCUGACGUCCUCGACGCCGGGAACGAAGACAAAAUCCUCGAAGAGACCCUCGAGAAGCCUAAAAAGAGGAAGGAGUUCAAAACCGAGUACAAGAAGCGUUUCCGCCCGUUUUCCCAAUACGAAUACGUGGAUGGAGGCUUCAUCAAGCGAAAGCACGAGGCCGACCUCUUGGUCCCGGAGCCCGUUGCCCGCGACAGUCCAGUGCCUGCGCCUGAGAUAGGCACCCCCAGCAAUGACCCCUGGUACAACGAGGUCAUUGAACUCAGGAAAAAGGCCGGAGAAUACAAGCACCGAGGAUGGGGCACAGAGCUCGUGCCUGAACACUUGGCUGACAUCUACGGCAAGCAGGUCGUGCUGUGGGAACAGGUUUCGCGCAGGAGUUCGCUCUCGGCUCUUUCCCUCGCUUCUGCAUCACCAAGGGCAAUCACAAAAGAAGAAAAGGAGAAGGAGAACAAUAAAAAGAGUUCACCAACGAAGGGCUUGGCUCGGGUUCCGGGCCGCGCCGACCGCGUCGACGGCGUUUUGCGCGCUCAGGUCGACAAAGGGGCCGUUGACGACAAGAGGGAGCCCCGCUCGCGGAAGGAGUUCCUGGUGAGGCACCACCUCGAGCGAACCACAGGAGCUGAAGAUGGCUCUCUUCUUGUGUCGCCGACUCGUGAAAAACUGGAGCCCGCCGUGCCACGCCGCAAGGAGGAGGACUCGAGCAACAAAAGUCCCUCCAAAUGCAGCCCCAAAAGCAGCCCCAGAUCAGCUCGUUCGCAGUCGGUCGGUCCAGCAGCGUCUGAAAACCGAUCGCCGAAGCGGCAGCCACGCACGCCCGCCUCCACCUCGAGCGCCUCCGCCGCGCCCAAAGUGACCGCCCCCGCCGAACGACGCCCUCGUCCCACGGUUGGGGGUUCGGAGGAGAGCAGCCCCCUGCUCAAAAGGGCCGUCUUCCAAUCAAUCUGCAACCAGUCGUCAGCAACAUCCCUCAAUACUUCAUCUGCAACCCGUUCCAAAAGUAGUUCAGUUGCUAUGAGAAACUCUAGCGAGGACAAAGCGUUAGGCAAGUCUGCCAAAGGCGCCGCUCAAAGCGGUGCAAAAACCAAAAAAGCAGAGCCGGCCAAAAAGCAGCUGACGCAGCCAAAGAAAGACGACGAGAAAACUUCCGGCGGCGACACGUGCGACGGUGGCGCCGUCGCCCAACAGGACCUGCCGGCGGUGCACACGCAAAAGCCGACGCCGCCGUCGGCAGGCGGCUCCGAAACCAAGGAGCUGCCGCCCCCGGAGGAGCUGCUCAGCCCCGACACCAACAACACGGUGUCUCUGAUCGACGACGAGCCGCUGGUCAAGUCGCCGCCAGAGCCCACCAGGGUCAAGUCCCCUGAGCAGAUCAUCAUGCGUUCUCCGGAGCCCGUCAACUGGACGGUGCCCCUCGACACCGGCAAGACCUUCACCGUCACGCAGAACGUCCGCGAAGCUGUGCCGCAAGCGAGCAAGGCAGCCCGAGGUGAACUGAGCAGACCCCAUGGCGAGUCCUCGAGGCACUGGGGCGCCCCCGCCUCCUCCUCCCUGGACGCGGUGUUCGAAGGGCCGCAAGAGAUUGGAGUUGCAGACGCGGCCCCGGCGGUGGUGGUCAACGGCGAAGACAGCUCGGACCACUCGGAGGCCACGCCGCCGACGCAGAAGAGCACCGUGGCGCCGCCGGCGGAGGCCGCGGAGGCCCCUGAGGCGGCCGCCGAGCCGCCGUCCGUGGCCGGCACCACGCUGAAGCGGCUCGACGAUCCCGACCUGGAGCCCCCGCCCGCCCCCUCCACCUCCACCUCCUCCUCCGGCCCGUACACGGUGCUGGAGGCCCCCGAGGCGCCCGCCGCACCUGCCAGGCCCUCCGGCUACCGGAUCCUGGAAGCCCCGGAGCCCCUCGAAGCCCCCUCGGCCCGCUCGGUCGCCUCGGACGUGCUCGAGAAAGCGCGCAACCGGUUCGACAAGUUCUGGGGAACCAAGGAUGCCAACAAGUUGUAGAGGCCCCUCCCCUGAACACCGCAACACCACGACCGCCUCCCCCCUCCCCUCCUGCGACUACCACCCUCUUGCUACUCCGAAGAGAGACAGCCCUUCAUAAUAUGAAAACGUAGAGUUUCAGUAGCGGUCAAAUCAGCGCAAAAGAAUAAAUAUUAUCAGAAAGAGAAUUUCAAUUGGUUUGUCCGAUUUUCUCAGGGAGGAUCGAUGAAAUUUACUCGGCUCUAACUUGCUCUCCCUCUGUAAUAACGAAUCAGACGAAUUUGGUUGGUUUUGAGUUGUUUGAUACUUUAAAUUCUGAAAGUUUCUGUUUAAUCCGACUCACGAGAGGGGUUGCAAAAGGUAUCAAGCCUCUUAAACUGACUAAAUAAGAUAGGAAAUUCCUGAUCCUGAUGGUGCUUAUUAAACUAAACAGUACUCUGUACCAGGCGACCCUUUCUUCUACGUGUAAUGUGCCCCGUACUUUCGACCUUGAUGCUUGUUUGCGAAAAUUCCCCACCCCAGACCCACUAUAAGUUCCUUAAUCCGACAGACGAGUCUGGAGAAAUAGAGUUAACAUGGUGCAGGCAGUUCUGAGAUAAUUAACGAAGUAAGUAAUUAGGUUCAGGGAAUGAGCUUAACCUUCAAAAUCUGCUGUGGCAACGAGUCGAGUUUUCCGAGACGGAACCUAAAAAAAGUAGACAGAAAUCUCGUGUGAUGCUUUUGAAAUAAUUAUUAAUUGCACCGUUUUAUGUAAAAUAGUUUGGUUGAUGCUUUUCUUGCCCGAGUUGAGGGAGACGAUGUGAAAUCCUACUUUUACGAGAUAAUAUAUACAUACACCACUGCACUGAAUUGAGAAAUCAGCCUAAAAUUUGAUUCAUUCAAAAACGAGAGAGACGCGAACGCCAGUUUGACUUGGCGCAAUCGUCAAGUAUAGCAGAUGAGAGUUCAGAUUUUUACUUUGCCACGUACCACGCAACCUUGUGUAAUGGAAAAUUAGUUUUUAGCCUUUCCGUGCCGCUUUCCGUGUCUUUACCGUGCAUAUAAACCUUUCGGCAGCGGAUAAAAAUGAUGUUUUAGGAUGCAGACAAAAAAUAAAUUACACACACACACACUCAUCUCGUUCCGUUUCGAAUUGAAAUCUCCGCGCGGAAUAAAUGUGUAAAAUCAAGCGUAUAUAUAUUUAUAUGAUAAUUGUUUUUCGGUGUAGAGCUAAUUAUAUACGAAGACGAUGAAACAGACAGGAUCCAUAAUCCGUGAUAUCCAUAUGUGCUGACGAGGGUUUGAAUUUUUCCAAAAAUUCGGGAGCGGGCGCGAGAGAACGACGCGAUGUAAUAAACUCGAUUAAAAAGGUAUAAUUGAUUAAGUCUUAGAUUUAGGCCUACGAUGUUAACUAAGGGCAGAGAGAUAACUGAGAAAACACACUCACACACACACACACACACGCAGCGCGAUCACGCUAAUCUAUAUUUAUUCUUCAAGGAAGAAACUGCGUCCUCUCACACACACGAUAUUAACAUGCAGCGCAUUGCGUUAGUUCAGAUGAAAAGGAACGUGUUUCGCGCUUAACGUUCAUUUCAUUCAUAUUAUAAUCUUUCUCGCCGCGCGUAUCAAAAUGUGUUAAAAUUAAAAAAAAAAUAAUGCUCCUUUCCGAGAGGUUCAGCAGUGCACCAAAAACGAAAAUGGAACUCUGCUUGAGGCGCUGAAGGACAUUUUUAUUUAAAUUAUUUUCUCGCAUAUAAUCGCAUCAUAUUUAUUCAGUCAGAAAGGUGAACAUUUCGUCCUGCGCUUUUGAAAGUAACACAAAUAAGGUGCAUAUUUAUAAAUGAUUAUUACAGAAUUUUUAACACGUGAGCGUUUUUGGAAAUAUGACGUCCAUAUCACCCGCGCCGUCAACGUUUUUAUGUUUAAAUUCUAAAAGCCGCAUUUAUAGUUGCUAAAAUCUUGGUUUUCGGGACGUUUUAGCUGAGAGAGAAAGAGAGUGUGUGAAUAUUAAAAGAUGUAAGAGAGAAUCCUUGUGCCUCGCCCUGACAAAAUCGUAGCGUUUUUGCGCGCACACAAUGAAUUUCCACGUGAGACGUUGAGUAUAUUUGUAAAAAAAACUGCCUGAUUUUUUUUAACUUAUGACGGACCCUGAAUAAAUAAAAAAUCCACACACCACCCGUGUAUGUCGUUUAAAAAUCGCUUUUUGCACGAGUUAUUUCCUAAUUUCCAACAGGAAACUGUUAAAAGAUGGCAUCACUAUUGGUUUUUAGGUUUGAGACGCUUCUAAUCCAAUUUAAAAUCCUUUUAAUGGCAAAUCAGCAAAAUUAUUAUACAUUUGCUCCAUCUGGAUGCAUAAAAAAAGAAAAAGUCGCUAUUUCUAGACCUUUGACGAACGUCUAAAACAUUUAAAUCCACUGUGACUGCUUUUCUAAGGGCGAAAUCAGGGUCCGUCUGCUUCCAGAGGCCAUCUCUGUCCUUGUCCUGUUUGUGUUGCACAAUUUGCACAGCGCGGCAGCGACUCAUUUCUGCUUUUGUUCCCACCGCCCCGCAUUAAAAAAUAAGAUACGACACACACCCUUCCAUCUCCAAUGUUUUCGUUUUCGUAGACACACUCACGCGUACUCACACUCGCUGUGUUAAUUAAAUUAUUAUAAUUACUGUGCUUUCCUGCUGGCCAUUUUUCACGCUGGUUUUCCGAUCGAAUAUUACGAAGAAAAAAAAAGAAAUAAUAAAAACUCAUUUUUGUAUGUGUAUAGGAGAGAAAUUUCAAUGGUGGAUUUUUCCUCGGGAAAAGUCCAGCGCGAGGUAUUUUGUGUGUGAUAUUCUCACGCACACGAUAUUCGUGUUUUGUGAGCCGGUAUUGUGAAUUGCAUUUUAAUUCUUAAGAAAAUACUUAUAUAUAUAUGGGAAAUUGGUGAUGCUGUUACAAUUGAAAUUAAUUGAUUAAGAAUCCAAAGAAAAUGGUGUGAUGCAGUCUGACGACUAAUACUAUCAAUUGAAAAAAAUAUGUAUUUGGAAAACUGACGAUGAUAAUAGUUGACGAUUGAUUAUGAUAUAUCUCGAUCUUUUCAUUGCCAUUAUUUUAUUCUGAUUAAAUAAAAUAUUACAGCUUCAUAAA